UUUAUAAAUCCCAGGAUUAUCUUUAUAUAAAUCUUUGUCGAUCAGGCAAAUGACUUUUUCUUCCGUAUAUCUAGGAACUCAUUUAUCAAUUCUUACCACAGAAAUAUAUUCAACUUAUAUCGGCUACCAUUUCUUGAGCAUAAAUCUAUAGUGGUCCUCCUUUUACUUUUGCGAGCUGAGAUUGAUCGUGUUGCUCUUCAUGAGGCCCCUCUCUUUCGAGAAUCUGAGAAGGCUCGUGGGCCGUAAGAAGGAUCGCAAUGAGCCUUCCUUCAAGCGUAGCGAGUCCUUCAAACGAAUUUCAAUUAGGAAGAGUUACCUGGACCGGGGUAAACGACGGAAUCGUAUCCAGAAGAACCUGGAUACCGCUGUUAAUUUUCCUUCACAACCAGCAGCAAAUGAGAAGAUUAUCUCUCAACAAAUUAAGGAGCAGGAAGAAUCGAAGAAGAAUCAAGAAUCUUCCCUUAGUCGCGAUUUUAUCACCUACGACGAAUGGCUUCAAGGUGUUCGCUCUGCCUCCCGUGAGAAGCUUCACGAAAUUAAUGUCGAGUCUCUUCAACAUGUCAAAGUUAAGGUUGCGAAAUCUGCCAAUCAAACCGACUCGGCGGAUUCGAUCACUGAGGAUCUGAAAAUUCUCCAACUUGAUUCCUCGCCCAUUUUAACGUCCAAGCCCAAGCUUUUUAGGAUCACCGAUGAUGAAACGAUCGAAAAGCAUGACACUCCUUCCUGGACCCAAGAGUCUUCCAUGGAAGGCUCACCUAGCGUUAGCAUUAGUCUUGGCAGGAUAUGGAGGGAUGCGGUGCCGAUUCCGGUACCGGUUUCUGUCUCGAUUCCGGUAUCAAGCUCUUCUUUCGUCUCGAAUUCUUCUCAUCAUUUUCUGGACAGUGCCUUAAAGGAGAAAAAACCGCAACCGACUAUCACAAGAACGGUCUCGGCGCCUGAGAAACCUGUCAGUAAGGACAACACUACUUCAUCAUCCUUCGGUUUCUCUCUCAGGAUCAGCAAGCUCGCGGAUUUCAGACCAGGGAUGACGCGAAACUGUCUCUUUCGCCGGAAGGCACCGAAAUUGUCGCCUAGCAUAAGCACGGAGGGUUAUUUCAAACGAACGAGCACAUUCAGAUGCUCUCGUCGCCGAGGUGGCAAAAGAAAUUCUCAACGCGUCAGCAAGAAGAAUCAACAACCUGUUAUUCAAUCUCGCACCAGCAGUCCAGUAUGGUUUAUUCCACCGGAAAGACGUCGCUCGAGACGCCAACGAAGAGUCUGGAGGGAGAUCAGAUACUUUCCUGACGAAGGUCCACUUCUGGAGAGGAUCAACGACUGGUCGUCAAACGUGUCAGAUGAUCAAUUCGAUGAUCAGAAAUUGCUGCUAUCGGGCGAUUUCAACAUCCGCCGAGAGGAUGAUGCUUUCAAUUCGAUUGUUUCGUCAUCACUGGGUUCUUUCUCGGCAACGUCGUCCUCAUCAUCGGCUUGUCCAGUUCCAAAAAUUAGUGAUUUUAAUGAAGAUAAGUUGUUCUCUGAAGAAUUAAGGACUAACGGUCUUCUGGCACGUGGGACCACCUGGAAGCUUUCAGCGACGACGAUGACGACGACUGCGACAACGACGGUAACGACGACGAUAAUGUCAACGGCGACAAGUACGGCUGUUUCUGGAAAUUAUUUUGCUAGCAGCCGUUUUCUUAACUUUUUGGCCGAAGGUAUUGUCAAGGAGAGGUCGAAGGGUGAGAAUUCCAAUACGGGUUAUACAUGUCUUUCGUCGACCGACAGUGAAGACAACAAUGCCAAUCGCUUUAAUGAGCGUAGGAGAAACAGCAAGUUGCCGCAGCAACAACAGCAGCAUCUCAAGAAAUCUGGACCCAGGAGACGACCCUUGCGUCGAAAGUCAGAAUUAAAAAGAGCAUCCGGUCAGCCGGUGUUCCUCGUGCGCAAAUGCUCAUCUUUGAGGAAACGCCCUAGAGACAUUACGCAGAAGGGUUACGAGAAAAAACGGACACGUCUACUUCAGCAGUAUGCUUCGAAGCAGAUAGGGUCUGGAAAUGGUGGUAUGGUUGGUGGAGGUGGUGAUGGUGGCGGCGGUGACAGAGGCAUUGAUAAAGGACCGGAGAGAACGAGUUACGGAAGCGGCGGAGGUGGGGAAGGAGGAGGAAGCGGCAGCUAUGGCGGCGGCCGACCGCAGCCACGUGCACGGCGCACGCAACGACGCGUCACGCACAACGAGAAGCGUUAUCACUCAGGUGGUCGCUUAGCGCCUGGCGGGAUCGCCAGUCCCCCAGGAUCUGGCGGUUUCACAGGGAACACCGGGAACUCGAAUACAACUGCUGCAGCGGCGGCGGUAGCGGCAGCGGCUGCGAGACGUGGUAAUCGCAGACUCACACGCAAUGAGAGCCGCUAUCAUUCCGAGGUGCGCCAGGAAGCAGUGCAGCAGGCUUUGGCAGCGAUGCAGGGACGGCCAAAACCGUCCUUGCCGAUGCCAUCAAAGAGAACUUCUGUGAUGGCCAGGAGUCCUGACCGGGAGAGACGCGACAGCGGUGAAUCCAGUAGCGACGAGGACAGCGUUGUCACCGAGGAGAGCCCUGGCGCAGGUGGUCCGACUGGUACCGGUCUUUCGGAUACCAGCAGUACUGGCUCUGCCCGCGAUACUCCACCACCGCCGAGACCACCGGCGAGAAGGCCACCUGGUGCAGAUAUCACUGAUAUUCCCGAGUAUACACCGCAUGCCUAUAGUAACAUCCAACCGCCAGACGUGACUCACGUGACAAGUAACACCCCGGUCGGCCAGCAACAAUCGGCAACGCGUCGACCUGGCGCCGACCGGGUCAAUCGCUAUGCGCACGUGGUCGAGGAUCAGAAUAAUACCGGCACCACUGGUCGCUGGAAGGUUUCCGCCAAGAUCCAGCAGUUACUGAACACGUUAAAACGACCGAAGCGCCGGCCGCUACCUGAGUUCUACGAAGACGAUGACAUCGAGCUAGAGAUCGCUGCAAAUCCGAAGGAUCCGAAUGCUCCUAAACCCGAGGGUGGUUCCAUGACGUCGGCGAUUGGCGAAAUAUUAUCGGUGCCAUCUGGCCUGCCGCGAUCUCUCGAAGCCGCGAUUCAGAGGUACGGCUCGGCGUCAUAUAAAGCACCUGUAGCCACUGUCUUAGACCCUAAUGGCAAACUUUGCGUAACGCUCACGUAUGGGAAAUUGCUCAGUCGUUCCCACAAAAUCGCCUAUACUCUACUGAAUAAGGCUCUAAGUCGCGGUGGCGAUUGUUGCCUAAAACCCGGCGACAGAAUCGCCCUAGUUUAUCCAAAUAACGAUCCGAUCAGCUUCAUGUGCGCUUUUUACGGCUGUUUGCAAGCCGGUAUUGUACCGGUGCCCAUCGAAGUUCCUCUGACCCGACGUGAUGCGGGUUCUCAACAGAUUGGUUUCCUCCUGGGAAGCUGCGGAAUUCAGGUGGCGCUAACCAGUGAAGCGUGUUUAAAGGGUCUGCCAAAAACGGCAGCCGGCGAGGUGGUGGCUUUUAAAGGUUGGCCAAAAUUACAUUGGUUUGUUACCGAGCAUCUGGGCAAGACUCCUAAAGAUUGGUUAUCUCCACCGCGACUCACUGACGACACACCCGCGUAUAUCGAAUACACUACUGACAAAGACGGCUCUGUGAUGGGUGUGACCAUUACUAGAGCGGCGAUGAUGGCUCACUGCCGCGCUCUUACGCAGGCUUGCGGCUACACCGAAGGCGAGAAUGCCGUUUGCGUGCUGGAUUUCAAACGGGAAGUUGGCCUUUGGCACAGCACUCUGACCAGUGUGCUGAAUGGCAUGCACGUUAUCUUUAUCCCAUAUGCCUUGAUGAAAGUUAAUCCCGCCAGUUGGAUGCAGAUGAUCACAAAGCAUCGCGCAAGCGUUGCCGUUGUGAAGUCGCGAGAUCUCCACUGGGGUUUGCUUGCCACUAAAGAUCAUAAGGAUGUCUCCUUGGCAUCUUUAAGGCUGUUACUCGUAGCAGACGGCGCGAAUCCCUGGUCACUAUCAUCCUGCGAUCAGUUUCUCUCGGUAUUUCAAUCCAAGGGACUUAGGCCAGACGCUGUUUGUCCUUGUGCCUCUUCCAGUGAAGCCCUUACAGUCUCAGUAAGAAGGCCAGGACGCGCAGGAGUGAAUGCGACUGGUCGUGGAGUUCUUUCCAUGUCCGGGUUGAGUUACGGAGUUGUCAGAGUAGAUCAGGAGAAUUCUCUUACAUCAUUGACGCUGCAGGAUUGCGGACAAGUAAUGCCUGGAAGUAUAGUAGUCGUUAUUAAAAUGGAAGGACAACCGUCCAUUUGUAAGACGGAUGAAGUCGGUGAGAUUUGCGUACAUAGCGCGGCGACCGGUAGCCAAUAUUGGGGCUUACAAGGACUUACUAACAACACUUUCAAAGUAUCGCCUUUACAAGCUGAUGGUACUGCCUUGGGCGACGUAGAAUACACGCGGUCAGGCUUGUUGGGUUUUCUCGGUCCUGGUGGACUCGUUUUCGUUUGCGGAUCACGUGACGGUCUCAUGACAGUGACCGGCAGGAAACAUAAUGCUGACGACAUUAUUGCCACUGUGUUGGCAGUCGAGCCGAUGAAAUUUAUCUAUCGCGGUAGAAUUGCCGUUUUUAGUGUGAGGGUCCUCAGAGACGAGAGGAUAUGCGUCGUUGCUGAACAACGGCCUGAUUGUAGCGAGGAAGAGAGCUUCCAAUGGAUGUCUCGAGUACUGCAAGCAGUCGACUCGAUCCACGCUGUGGGAAUAUAUUGCCUUGCCUUGGUGCCACCCAAUUAUUUGCCCAAAACGCCAUUAGGCGGUAUUCAUCUAUCGGAGACGAAACGCCGCUUUCUCGAAGGUGCUCUGCAUCCAGCGAACGUGCUACUUUGCCCUCAUACCUGUGUCACUAACUUGCCGAAACCGCGCGAAGUUCAUUCAGCGGGGGAUUCUGUUGCAGAUGUCGGUCCGGCUAGUGUUAUGGUGGGAAAUAUUGUCCAGGGCAACCGAUUAGCCUCGGCUCAAGGACGAGACAUGGGUGUCUUAGACGAGGAUAGCGAUAAUGCCAAAAAGUACCAAUUCAUCUCUGAAAUUUUACGGUGGCGAGCUGUUAGCACUUCGGACCAUGUGAUAUUUUCAUCGUUAAAUGCAAAAGGUGCUGUGGCCACUUCAUUGUCCUGCUCGCAGUUGCACAAGAAGGCCGAGAGGAUCGGGAAUUUGCUUCUAGAUCGAGGCAGAAUCAAUACCGGAGAUCAUGUGGCGCUCAUCUUUCCACCCGGUACCGAUCUGAUAUGUGCAUUUUAUGGCUGCUUGUACGUAGGCGCAGUGCCGGUAACUAUUAGGCCACCCCAUCCGCAAAACCUUCAGACAACUUUGCCGACCGUUCGCAUGAUCGUGGACGUCAGUAAAUCCGUUCUCGUGUUAACCAACCAAAACAUCCUCAAGUUGCUCAAGACAAAGGAGGCGAAUAACGUGGUCGAGGUAAAGAGUUGGCCAAUAAUCUUGGAUAUGGAUGACAUGCCAAAGAAGAAACUGCCGGUCAUGUAUCGGGCGCCUACCGCGGAAAUGCUGGCCUAUCUGGACUUCAGCGUUUCGACGACAGGAAUGCUCGCCGGUAUCAAGAUGUCUCAUGCGGCGGUGACUUCGUUGUGCCGUGCUAUGAAGUUAGCGUGCGAACUCUAUCCUUCCAGACACAUUGCUCUUUGUCUAGAUCCAUAUUCAGGCCUUGGUUUUGCAUUGUGGUGUCUUAGUAGUAUAUAUAGUGGACAUCACUCCAUACUAAUACCACCAUCUGAGGUGGAAGCCAAUCCCGCGCUCUGGUUAUCAGCAGUCAGCCAAUCUCGAGUAAGAGAUACGUUCUGCUCAUAUGGUGUCAUGGAGUUGUGCACCAAGGGACUUGGCUCUUCAGUUCAUGCACUCAAAGCGCGAGGAGUCAGCCUUGCAUGCGUGAGGACGUGUGUUGUUGUCGCUGAGGAAAGACCACGGAUAGCAUUAACGACGAGUUUUAGCAAACUAUUUUCCGCCCUAGGCUUGAGUCCGCGUGCGGUUUCCACUUCGUUUGGCUGUCGAGUAAACACUGCCAUUUGCUUACAGGGGGCAUCCAGCCCGGAGCCUUCGACAGUUUACGUGGAUCUACGCGCGUUGCGUAACGAUCGAGUGUCCUUGGUAGAACGCGGUAGUCCGCAUUCUUUGUGUUUGAUGGAAUCGGGCAAGUUGUUACCUGGCGUAAAAGUGAUCAUUGCGAAUCCCGAGACGAAAGGUCAAUGCGGUGACUCGCAUUUAGGUGAGAUCUGGGUGCAAUCGGCGCAUAACGCGAGCGGUUACUUCACAAUCUACGGUGAUGAGAGCGAUUACGCCGAUCAUUUCAACGCGCGGCUGGUUACUGGUAACACGAACGAGGUCUAUGCGAGGACUGGCUAUCUCGGCUUCUUAAGGAGAACCGAAAGCGUUCAGCAAUCGGUGAUUAGCGAUGUGCCUGGUGACACCACUAACCCGACCGAAGCCGAUCUCGUAUCAAAUGAUCCGGAAUUGCAUGAUGCUGUGUUCGUUGUCGGUGCUCUCGAUGAGGCCAUACUACUGCGGGGUAUGCGCUACCAUCCAAUAGACAUCGAAAACAGUGUCAUGCGAUGUCACAAGAAAAUCGCGGAAUGUGCCGUAUUCACAUGGACCAAUCUCCUAGUGGUAGUGGUAGAAUUGGACGGUAGUGAAAGCGAAGCUCUCGAUCUCGUGGCUUUAGUAACGAGCGCUGUGCUCGAGGAACAUCAUUUGGUGGUCGGCGUAGUGGUUGUAGUGGACCCCGGUGUGGUGCCCAUCAAUUCGCGUGGUGAGAAGCAACGGAUGCAUCUGCGCGAUGGUUUCCUCGCGGACCAACUCGAUCCCAUCUAUGUGGCGUACAAUAUGUGAACGAAUGUGCAAGAGAAGGUUCUCACUCCCUUCGUAUUCCGCCCUCCUUCUCCCCAUCGACGUUUUUUAUCCAACGUGCCGAGAGUGCAAUGGAAUUCCAUUCGCUCCACGUACGACGAUAGAAUGAGUGAUCUUUGCGAAACUUUAGCUAAUAAAAAUAUCUUGUUCUCGUUUAUUUUCCUUUUUUAUUCUAUUCUUGAUUUUUUAAAGAGGAUUUUGAAUUAUUUGGAUCGUGUAUAUAUCAAUUCUACUUUAGAGUUUCUAAGAAUUCGAAAUUUGCUUUUAUAGAUUUUUUCUCAAUCCAACAAAUUUUUAUACGAAUAUGUACUUACUGGCAGCUUACUUUUAAUCAGUUACCUGCACACAAAAAUCUAUUAUUAAAGCGAAUAAUUUGACAUAAAGGAUAAAUAAAUGAAAUACGAAUAAAUAUUUCGAUAAAUGGAGUUGUAUUGUGUAUCAAAAAACGUUAAUACACACACUCCAAUAAUGUGAACAUCAUCGACAAAACGUACAUGUGUAAACUUGAAAUAUUUUUAAAAAGUUUAACUUGCCGCAAAUUAUCCCUUGGAAACUGAUUAAAUUGAAAAAUCAGUAUCGUAUUAUAUGCACAUAUAUGACAUACGAUAUAUAGAAUAAUUGAUGACAAAUCAUAAGAUCAUCGAUGAUAUAAGUGAAAUCAUAAAUUUACAAUUAUGACAUCAUUCAGUUUUUAUAAAUAAAUAUUAAUUUAUCGCUGAAAUAUUUACUAUAUCUUUUGACCAUUGAUAAUUUUAUGAUUCUUUCGAAACUUUAAUAACAUAACAUAGAUCUAAAUUUCAUUAUUUGGUUCUUGCAGUUUUGCGAAGUAAAAAGCGCACGAAAAUUUUGGUUUAUUAAACCGAAACACGCACAAUAUCUCGCAAUUUUGUAUUUAAAGCCAAAGUACUAUAUGUAUAACAUGCAACACACGUCUUUUUACAUUAGCUGUAAAUUCCACUGCGAAGAACAAGAGAACUUUUCUCAUUGAUAUUGAGGAAUAACAAAGAGUUUCGUCGCAAUGGUGAUUUGAUGAUUUAUGAUUAAUCAUUCACAAUCACUUUUACGUUUUUUAAUUGAACCUUUUUUUCUAAUUUAUUAGAAAAGGACUCGAACUUCAAAUUAUAAAUUUAUUUGGAAUUUAAUUGGUCAAUACAAUUCUGCCCCAAUCUCUGCACAAACAAGUAUAUAGCUAGCUCGCAUGUAAGGAUGUAGAUACGUUGCGACAUUAAAGCUGCCAUGCAUAGUUUUGUUUUCUUUUUUUAUUUAUACAGGUUUAAAAAAAAACGAAAACAUUAAAUGGCGCAUAUUUUACUAACCGAUAUAUGUAGAUGUAAAGAUGAGGUUUUUUAGAAACGAUUUUAGUAAAAAGAAAGAUGUAUUAAGAUAUAAUUGAAAGUUUAACACACGCAGAGAUUUAGUAUUAACAUUUUGUACAAAAUACAUCUCAACAGUUUUAUACAUGAACGACGAAACUCUUAUAAUAAUAAUUCUUAUAAUAAUAUAAAUAGUUAGUGAAGAUUCCUGAACUUUGUCUAGAAACGUCUAGAAACGUUGAAAGUUGUGUGAUCCAAAAAUAGUGUGAUUGCGAUUGUUUUCCCUCGGAAAGACUUUUUUACUUACGAAUAUAUAUACAAAAAGUUGCGUGUUGAUAAUUCUCUAAUUUUAUAUUCUAAUUUUUUAAUGUAAUGCGGCAUAAAACACAUAUUGUUGCGAUAACUUGCGAAGCUCGAUUAUAAUAAUCACAUGUGCAUUUUUCGUGCGUAAAAGAUUGCUGUUAAAUAUCGUGGACAUUAACUGAUUAAAAAAAAAGAAACUAGAUUUUCUUAUCGAUAUAGACUUUUCAGUCCAAAAAUUUUAGUCAUCGUAUACAUAUCCUUUUUUAAUUAUUAACUCGAUUGAAUUUAAUUCCAUUCAAAAUAAGAUUCCGAGAAAAAUUUAAUUUUGAAUUAAUUUAGCCAUUAUUUACCUAUUAGUCCGUGACACUUGUACGAAAACACAAUGGAGCGUUUACAAGCGAUUAGUAAACGAAGUAUUAUCGAUAAGCGACAACUUGGUCAGUGCAAUAUACGCAUAGUGAUUUAUAAUCUCUUGCGGAUUAAUCGUACCGCAAAUUUUCAGUGGUUAUUUACAGGCAGCUUUUUCAUAAAUACGUAAUAUGAGAAAAAAGCGUUUCUCUUUCUCUGUUCCUUCUCUUUCUUUUCCCCAUCUUCAUUUCCUUUCCUUUUCCUCUUUCUUUUUUUCCCAUUCUCUCUGCUUCCCUUUUUCUUUCUUUAUUCUUCCUUGCCUCUUUCAUCUUUUUUUUUAUUUUGAAAGAUCCGUUAAUUCAUUCUGACUUUUUUAUAUUUGCUUAUUCUUAUUUUUUUCUUUUCCUCACAUUGUUAUAUUAUCGUGCCAUGUUAUCUUGUUUUAAUUUCUGCACUUUUACGCAUGGAAGAAUGCACACGCCUGUAAAUAGCUAUGUUUAUAUAUGCUCGGUUGCACUGACAACCUCGUUUAAUUAGCUGUCAUUAAAAUGUUACAUCAUUUCGUUUUUUGUCUUAAGUCCUAAUUUAUUGCAAUUAUGAUAUUACAAUACAAUUAUAAACAAAGAAA